CACACUGAUUUAUGUCAGUACAUGGACAAACACCCUGGAGGGCUUCAUCCAGAAAAUGUGAAGUUAUUUUUAUUUCAGUUGCUGCGAGGACUGUCUUACAUCCACCAGCGUUACAUUUUGCACAGGGACCUGAAACCACAGAAUCUUCUGAUCAGUGACACGGGGGAGUUAAAGCUGGCAGACUUUGGUCUUGCAAGAGCUAAAUCAGUUCCGAGCCAUACGUAUUCCAAUGAAGUGGUAACCCUGUGGUACAGGCCUCCAGAUGUCCUUCUGGGAUCAACAGAAUAUUCCACCUGCCUUGACAUGUGGGGAGUGGGUUGUAUCUUUGUAGAGAUGAUUCAAGGGGUCGCUGCUUUUCCAGGAAUGAAAGACAUUCAAGAUCAACUUGAAAGGAUAUUUCUG